AUGUUUGACUUUGGAUUGUUUUAUGAUGGUAUUCUUUGGAACGUCCAGGGUGAGGGUGGAGCAGAAUGCCUUUCUUUUCUCUCUUUAACUCAACGUUUUAUUGAAACGGUUUUCUUUACCGUUAUUUAUGGGUUCUUGGUCUUGUGGUGUGUUCCAAGGCUGAAGCUGCCCUUGAGUAAUCGAAAUGCUCCGCCUAAGCACAAUCAUUGGUUGGCGAUGACUCACUGCCUUGUUUUUGGUGCGGAGAUUGGCUACAAGCUAUCGUCUCGUUCACUUAUUUUCAUCUUCAAUCCGUGCCACGUUUUGACUGCUGUGCAGGUAAGUUUCAAACCGAUAUGUUCGCACCAGCCUCAAAUCUGGCUUCUUUUCGCGCAGCCAAGUUCCUUUGUUACUGCCGUCUUCCGCCUUCAUCUUCAUUGUAUCAACGGGACAUUAUUAGCGUUAAUUUUUCCUAUUACUUCGACUAGAAAGGCGAGUUACUUUGGUAUUAACAACUUGUUUAUCGUCUGUGUUACCGACUUGACACUAGUGUGGUUUGCCCCUGACUUUCCUCCCGCCCUUCAGGUCAUCUACUUCGUCCAGCAUGUCCUCAUUCUUGUUAUUCCCGCCUACAUUCUAGAUCAGAAUUCCGUAUACUCAACUGAACCUCUUGGUGAUUUCAACUGGGUUCUGACUUCUCUAGCGAUACAAACGCUCUAUCACUUUCUCUUCUUACAACCUCUAAGUCUGCUAACGCACGCCAAUCUAAAUCAAAUGCUUUGUCCGUCUCCGUCUGACCCGUUCGCCGGACCUUACUAUCGCAUAGCGGCAAUGAUUCACCAGCCGUUGCUUAUUAUUGUUUUGGGAAAGCUCUAUUCCAUCGUCGUCCUAUCUUUCCACAAGUCCGUAGAGCCCUUUAGUGUUCUCAGACCGCUCUGUUCGUCUUUCCAUUGGCUACUCGGGCUCUCGGUCACUACCAGCGUCCCUACAAAAUCCGAUUGUGAUAAAAUUUGUGAACGGAAAUUCUGCUCCAUGGAGGAGUUUUGA